UCAACGCUCUCUGUACCCGGAAGUCGUGUCGGUUAGUAAGGCAGAUAGCUCGUGUGAUCUCUCGAACCCGUCUCCGGUUUGUUUUGUGUCCCAACCUGUGAGCUGUUAGCCGGGACCUGCUGAUCGGAUUGAGGAAAGAUUUUUGUUCUAAUAAUUUUUAUUAUUAUUAUUAUUAUUAUUUCAAAUCUCCGCUGUCAGUCGCCGAGCAGCAUGGGCCCUGGCUAGAAUCUUCUGGAAAGAUCGGAGCUUUUAGUUUCGAGCACAACCCGAUUCUGUUCUGGGAGUUGCAACGCCGCCAAAAUAGCCGGCCCGAGCAGGAAGCGGCGCAGCUCGGACUCAGACCCCAGUGAAAGCGGCUCGGGCGGCGGCAGCGAGGUGAGGGACAGCCGCCCCGUCAGCGGCAAGUGGCUGAAGAUGGCCAGCAGCAGCAGCUCUGCAUCGGGCGACGCGAGCCGCAGGAGAGCGCAGAGAGGAGCUGAGGAGAGCAGCAGCAGCAAGAAGAAGCAAAAAGAUCGGGCUAACCAAGAGAGCAGAGAGGCCAAGCGUGCUGCAACUGCGGCUAACCAAGAGACGAAGAAAGAUAUAUUUCUAGACUGGAAGCAGAAUGCAGAUGAGGUGAUAGUCAGGCUGCGGUGUGGAGAGGGUGCACUGAAGCUGGAGAAUGUCGACUCUGCCUUUUCGGAUACGGCCUGCCAAGUCCGCUUCCCAGAUGGCCGUGAGUGGAGCUGUCACCUACACGCUGAGAUAGAGAGCUCCUGCAGUAAAUUGCUGUACAAGGAGAAAGGCAGCAUUUUGCAGCUCGUCAUGCACAAGAAGAUCCCCUUCAACAACUGGCCCACUCUUAUGAACAACAAAGAGAACGACCCAGUAAACAUCUUGAGCGAGAAUGGAUGCAGUCACAAGUCCUCAACAGAGCUGUCUGGGAAGUCCAUGUCGGGCUCUGAAACACUCAAAACGUCCAGCAGAACAGAAGCACAGGCGCCACCGACAGAUCAGAAAGGCAGUAAACCUGACCGUGGUUUGAAAAGAGGGCUGAAGAACAAACAGGCGGAGAACUCUGAGAAUGCAGGUGUCAGAGUAUCCGAGACCAAGCUAGGCUGUAAAGGAGACCAGACUCCUGAGCCCACUGCCAAGAGAAUUGUCCGUCCUUCCAAAAGCACAAAGGAGCCCACUGUAGCAUCAAGUCCUGCACGAGAGCAUCAGCCCAAACCAGUAGUCAACAGCAAACCCAUAACAAGCCAUGGAUCUGCCUCCGUGUCCUCUGUUCCUCAAGAAGGCAAAUCAGAACCCCAUAUUAAAGCAUGCCAGGGGUCACAAAAAGAGAAAGAGAUUGAAAAAAAGACAGACAGAUGCACUCAGGCUGAAGCAGGUAAAAAUAAGGAUCAGGUAACUGUUUGUGAGCCAAGGCCUGAGCCCCAUGAGCCUUCUGCUCCCAGAGUGAUACCUCCAACCCCUGGAGAAACCUGUAUGCCUGGGGAGACCAGCAGAGAAGGAACUGCUCCAGAGGACAGAGAGAAAAACAAAGAGCAAGGGGGGAAUGAUGGUGCUGUGCAGGACCGAAGACAGACAGAUGCUCCAGCCCACCAUCUGGAAUCUGGGGAGACCAUUCCAACAAUUGACUCCAAGAGGCAAGAGUUUAAAAUUACAGAAGAGGAGAAGAGGGACAGAUCUAAAGAGGAGCCAUGUGAGAAGAUUCUUGAGAAGAAGGACAGAGGCCCAGAGCCAAUGGUGAAUCUGUCUUUUGUGAAGAAUGACUGGUAUGAGAAAGGGACCGACCUGAUGGUUGUCAAUGUCUACUUGAAGGAAAUCUGUAGGGAGAUUUCCAGGGUACUGUUCAGGGAACAAGACUUCACCCUUAUCUUCCAGACCAGUGAUGCUAAUUUUUUACGUCAACAUCCGGACUGUGGACCAAACACUGUCUUCAAGUGGCAAAUCAAACUCAGGAACAUGAUUCAGCCGGAACAGUGCAGUUUUUCCUUCACGCCAUCACGCAUAGACAUCACCCUGAGGAAGAGGCACAGUCAGCGAUGGGGAGGUCUGGAAGCCCAAGUUCCACAAGGUGCAGUGGGGGGCGCGAAGGUUGCUGUGCCCUCCGGGCCUUCCUCCCUUGACAAGAAUCAGCCAGGGAGCAGUCAGCAUGCUCUGCCUGCCAAGGAGGAGCCGCGGGCUGGAGAGGAGAAGCCUAAGUCCUCUCGGGCUCCAGAGGAUGGUACUUUAGAUGCCGUGGUUCCACGCUCGGUCUCUGAUCAUGUACCUAUCAAGCAAGAGCCAGCCAUUACCACGCCGAAGCCCACCUGCAUGGUGCAGCCGAUGACCCACGCUCCUCCUGCAGGCAGUGAGCGACCAGAGGAAGAGGAGGAGAAGAAGGUGUGUCUCCCUGGCUUCACAGGACUGGUCAACCUGGGAAACACAUGCUUUAUGAACAGCGUGAUCCAGUCUCUCUCCAACACACGGGAACUAAGAGACUAUUUCCAUGACCGAGCAUUUGAGACAGAAAUCAACUGUAAUAACCCCCUAGGCACAGGUGGCAGGUUGGCCAUUGGGUUUGCGGUGCUGCUGCGCACUUUGUGGAAAGGCACUCACCAUGCUUUUCAACCCUCCAAAUUAAAGGCAAUAGUGGCCAGUAAGGCCAGUCAGUUUACAGGUUAUGCUCAACAUGAUGCCCAAGAAUUCAUGGCCUUCCUUUUGGAUGGGCUGCAUGAGGACCUGAACCGUAUCCAAAACAAACCGUACACAGAAACCGUGGAUUCAGAUGGCCGCCAGGAUGAGGUUGUAGCAGAGGAAGCAUGGCAAAGGCACAAGAUGAGAAAUGAUUCUUUCAUUGUUGAUCUGUUCCAAGGCCAGUACAAAUCAAAGCUUGUGUGCCCAAUGUGUGCAAAGGUUUCCAUUACCUUUGAUCCCUUCCUAUACCUGCCUGUUCCUCUACCUCAGAAACAAAAGGUGCUCACUGUCUUCUAUUUUGCUAAAGAGCCCCACAAGAAACCGGUCAAGUUUUUGGUGAGUGUUAGUAAAGAGAACUCAAGCACAGCGGAAGUGUUGGAGUCUAUUUCCCGGAGUGUGAGAGUCAAAACAGAGAACCUAAGGUUGGCAGAGGUGGUGAAAAAUCGUUUCCAUCGGAUAUUCUUGCCUUCUCACUCCCUUGAUACUGUUUCAUCUGUCGACAUGCUCUUCUGCUUCGAGGUGUUGUCCAAAGAGCUGACUAAGGAGAAAGUGGUGCUGCUUAGGGUCCAUCAGAGGCUUCAGGUUCCCAGUAUUCCUGUAGCCAAGUGUGCUGCCUGCCAGAAACCUCCUCUGUCAGAUGAAGAAAAACUGAGGCGCUGUACACGCUGCUAUCGUGUGGGCUACUGCAACCAGGCUUGCCAGAAGAACCACUGGCCCAACCAUAAAUCUCUAUGCCGGCCCAACUUUGAGAAUGUGGGACAGCCAUUUUUGAUCAGUGUGCCUGAGUCAAGGCUGACCUACACCCGCCUCACUCAGCUCCUUGAGGGGUAUUCCAGGUAUUCGGUGAACGUUUUCCGUCCUCCGUUCCAGUCAGGUCGGACAUCGCCUGAGGCGAGUGUGUCUCGUGCUGAUCAUCCUCUACCAACCGGUUCAGUUGUUGAGGGACCUGUGGCAGAUGAGGAAGAACUUCAUGCAACUGAAGCAGGGGAUGCUCAGGAACAGGUCAAUGUAUCUCCUGAAAUGGCAACAACACAGGUUUCCGCUCACUCGGCAGAAGAUCUGAACACUCUGUCCACUCGCACCACAGACUCUGGCUUCUCUGAGCUGUCUAGCUCCCAGGAUAUUUUUGGAGAGAAAGAAACAUCAUGUGAAAAGGCUGUGAAACCAGAAGCUGCCGUCACAGGGUACCAACAACCCUCAGACUGUAGCUACAGGAGUGGCUCUCAGUUCUAUAUCUCACUACAAGAUGCCGACAACAAGGAACUAAAACUUGAAGACAAAGGUGAUGGAGUACUGGAGGUGUCUGAAGACUGCACCUUGGAGCUGGUGUGGAAGAAUAAUGAGCGGCUAAAAGAGUAUGUGCUGGUGCGUUCCAAAGAGAUGGAGUUUGAUGAGGACCCAGGCUCUGCCAGCGAGACCGCCAGGGCAGGACACUUUACGCUUGAGCAGUGCCUCAACCUUUUCACCAAGCCUGAGGUGCUAGCACCUGAAGAAGCAUGGUACUGUCCAAAAUGUCAGCAACACAGGGAGGCCUCCAAGCAGCUUCUGCUUUGGCGUUUGCCGAAUGUGCUCAUCAUCCAGCUCAAACGAUUUUCCUUCCGGAGCUUCAUCUGGAGAGACAAAAUCAAUGAUAUGGUUGACUUCCCUGUGAGGAACUUGGACUUGAGUAAGUUCUGUAUUGGCCAGAAGGAAGAUGUCCAACAGCCCCCUAUUUAUGACCUAUAUGCUGUUAUAAACCACUAUGGAGGAAUGAUCGGAGGUCACUACACAGCCUAUGCUCGUCUACCCAAUGACAAAAACAGUCAGCGCAGUGAUGUUGGCUGGCGUCUGUUUGAUGACAGCACCGUAACUACAGUAGAAGAGAGCCAGGUGGUGACGCGCUAUGCCUACGUGCUGUUCUACCGGCGUAGGAACUCUCCUGUUGAGCGACCGCCUCGUCUGCUCGACCCGUUGGGAGCCGAGUCUCCUGCUACAGCUGGAGCUGCUGCCAGUCAGGCUUCUAGCCAGGCACUCUUUGGGACAGACCUGGACCCUGAAGGACCCCCUCAGUUGGGUGCAGAAGUGACGUCCGACCUCUUUGCCCGGUCUGCAGAAUGCUCCGGCUCGUCCUACACCAGCAUGGAAGAGGUGGACUAAACUCAACCCUAAAGCUGUGGCAGUGGCCACCAAACAGCAGCCCUCGCCUCAGGGAGAAUUCUUCCUUGAAAGAGACUUCAGUGCUCAUCACCUGAUCAAGCACAGGAAAAGGUGCUUCUGUUGCACAUGUGCAAUGUUUUUAAAUAUUAGAAAUUAGCUAAAUGCGCAUGUCUCCCUACACACUUGAAACUAUGCUCAGCGUUUGGAUUUAGAUGUUUCAUAAGAAGAGAUGUGCACACAGACGUUCACUAAUGACAGGAGUGCAGAAGUAUAAUUAUGCAGGCGGGGGGAACACGGCCACGUCGUCUUCAUACGUUCGUGUUCAUCCUCUUUGAAGGUGUUAAGACAGUUUAUCGCGGAUCUAAAAUAAAAAAGUGGAACAGUUAUCACCCUGCAGUUUGGUCCCCACGUAUUAAUUGUUAACACAGUGGACAGAUAGUCUAGUAUUCACUCUCACAUUUACACCCAAAGUGGACUGGCUUGUUGGAGUGCUUUUCUUUGUAUCUUUCUGGAGUGUCACUUGUUUAUUAUUUGUAAUAUUUUGAGUUAUGGACUUUUUUUCUUCUCCUCUGUCUCCUUUUUACAUGCAACACCCUGUGGAAAUGUCUGCAUUAAUUGCAAAAAUCUAACUUACAGAUGUGCAUGUUGAUAAAUGUCGUGUAAAAAUGUUUGUCAUUUACACUUUUUUCUUUGUUUUUUGAGUGGAUUGUCUUGUUUAUACACCCUUCUUGUUUAUAUUCGAUUGCAUAUUAAGCAGACGCUAAGGGAUUGAUCAUAAGAAUGCUGCUGUGAAUAAAAGAUAUUAAAUGGUUAAUAUAAAUUAAAAAAACUUUGAGUAAGUUAACUAAAAGAAUAUAUGAUAGUUAUAUAUGUCUGCUUAUAACUACAGUUUCAAACUUUGAACAGUAGAUCUGAGAGCGAACCGGUGUUUACGGUAGUCCAGGGUAAAAAUAAAUAAUGAUCAGUUUAGUCCAAGAACAGACUAACCUGUUUCUCUAAAGUCUGUCAUUUUGACUUCUUGCCGUUUACAAUGUCUAGCUUCAGUCUGCCAGAUGAUUAUUCGGUUAUUUUGAUUUUAUGAUUAGUCAUGUUCAUCUUGAAACCUCUCACCGUUUGCAUCUUCUUAGAAAAAUAAUUACUGUCAGGUUAAUAAUGAUGUAUAGAUAAACUACUCUCUUUAUUUUCUAUAUAUUUAAUGAGUUUUGUAAUGGAAAAGAUUUAAGGAUAGGUCUGUUAUACAGCUGUCAGGUUUUUGUUUUGUUGUUUUUGGGUGUUGGUUUUUUUUUUGUUUUUUUUUUUUUCCUUUUCAUUUUCAUCGGUUAGCUUUGGAUAAGGUGAACAAGUUGGCGUUACAUCAUUGCAUUACCUUUUGAUAACGAAAUGGAAAAGAGUAUUACACAACUAUAUUCCCGCUCCUGUCGUGGUCUUUGAUUCUUGUUCAUGUAUAUACAGUAUAAAACAGAUUUCCAUGUCGACACCAACAAAUACAUGUAAAUAAAGAACAGCCAUAAAUCUUUCACUUGCCUUUUAUACUAAAACAAGUGUUCUCGGAUAUGAUUUGCUGGACUCCUGAUUGUACGUGUUCAGGUCAAUCAAAAAUAACAAUAAACAAGUCUCUUCAUAAUCUGUUUAAUUGUGCAA